GUUCAAGGAAAGAUAGGGGUUUGACGCACAUUUACAUACUACGUCAGCACAGAGGUUAUAACAGGCUGUGGUAAACACAGAGAGCUCACGGUAGGCAGCAGGGAGUGAACUGUGACCUGCUUCAUAACAUACAUAAACCAUGUGUAUUGAGAACAGCAUGUAUUUGGACUGCUGAACAUGUUCUGCACGUUUCAAAGGGGUGUGGCAGAAAAACAAGUAUUCAUGAUAAGAGAGAAACCUAGUGGACUGAACUCCUGUCCAACUCUUUCCCAAAGAAUAUGAGGUGUAGCCAUGUGUUAGGCCUUUGCCUUGUGUUUACUUAUAUGGGAGAUAACAUACUUAAAAUUGAACUCUGCCAAAACAUAAGAAUUCCGUUAUAAAUCACUCACCUUCAAGUCUUUUGAUGUUGAAGUUUGGUUUCACUGCUGUCUAUAAAGGAUCUUUUUUUAAAUGUAGGUAACGAAGAAACGUUGGUCCCUAUUCAUUUCUAUUGUCUGGACACAAAACCAAUGCCAAGUCAAUGGGGAUCAAUUUGUUUUUUUUCUUUUAUGUUUUGGAGAAGAAAAUCUCACUGGUUUAAAAUGACAGCAGGCAAAAGGGGAUGGGAUGUCGCACAUAUACACAACGAGCAGUUCGGAGACAGAAGAAAUACGCAGAUGCCCGACGACUACCCACUUCAGUAUACCAGCCUGGGGAUAAGGUCUGGCUUUCUCCGGAUAUUCGUCUCCGAAUGCCGUGUCGUAAGCUGAGUCCCUGUUACAUUGGACCUUUUCCCAUGAAGAGGCAGAUCAGCGAGGUCUCCUUCGAACACUCACUACCCCCCAAAUAUCAGUUUGCAUCCACCUUCCAUGUAUCCCUUCUCAAACCCUUCACUGACCCUUUGUCUUCUUCACCCACAGAAUCUGAUGUGCCGGACUCACCUUCUCCUCCCGAAGUCACUGAGGAAGAGUCCAUCUACAAGGUGAUCGCCAUCAUGGACUCCCACCGCCGAGGCAGUCAGUUGGAAUACCUGAUUGACUGGGAAGGCAUUGGACCGAAAGAACGAUCAAGGGUGAACAGAGACGAUGUUCUAGAUCCAGCUCUCCUAGAGGAGUUUAUAUAUAGGAGUAUAACACCUCACACCUCAACGUUUAGUAUCGUUUUGGAAUUACCCAUAACCUGCCAGACACAUCAACCACAUUGCUAUCUUCAGCAAUCCUCAGCCUUCUACCAGUCGUGA